GAUUGAAACCGAAGGCAGAAAGCGGUGGGAGCCUGAGUUGAAUCAUAAUCCAAGUUUGUGUUCGUAAUGUGCUGAUCGACAAGUUGGAACAGAGGACAUCAUGGCGCAAACUUUAGCAAUCCCACUGGCUCCUUCACUCUCCCUUAUCUGCAAUUCUCGCAACUCCAAUCCUCUAUCUAACACUCUCUCCUUCCCCAUUUCAAACCCUCAGGUUCGUGGUCUUCAAAUCAAGUGUGUACGUGUUGGAGGAGUUGAGAUACCGAACAACAAGCGAGUUCAAUACUCCCUUCAAUAUAUACACGGUAUCGGUCGCAACAAUGCUAAGAAAAUACUUUUUGAUCUAAACCUGGAGAAUAAGAUAACCAAGGACUUAUCUGAGGAAGAACUAAAAUCUGUAAGAGAUGAAGUUUCCAAGUACAUGAUUGAAGGAGAUCUGGUCUCUCACUCUCUCUCUACCUGUGUGUUUUUGUUAAAAUUACAAGAGUUAGUUGUCUCUAUACUUACAAAUGCAAUUGUUUGUUUUGCAGAGGCGUUUCAAUGCACUUGCCAUAAGGAGAUUGAAAGAAAUUCAGUGUUACCGAGGGAUUCGACACAUUCAGGGGUUGCCUUGCAGAGGGCAGCGAACGAAAAACAACUGCAGAACCUUGAAGGGUAAGAAGGUUGCUAUUGCAGGCAAGAAGAAGGCUCCUCGUUGAUGUCCUUACGAUUGAACCGAGUAAAUCUCUUUUAAAACCUUUGAGAUAUAUUCUUUUUAACUCUGGAAUUGCGUCUAAUUUCCUCAUGGGAAUAUAGUUUCUUGCAAACACCCUGUUAUGUUAUUGUUGCGCCAUAUUCUACUUUACAGAUGUCCUCACCUUCUUUGACGAAUGCUCAAUGUUCCGUA